UUUUUUUCGAGGGUAGCAGUGCUCAUAUAAUUUUGCCGAACACCCCUUACCCUACUCUCUCACUGCUCGCAUUUUUCUGUUCUUCAGAACUGUGAGCAGAUAUCAGAAAUGGCUUUUGCUGCCCUUAUUUAUCUAACUAACACCAUUGAGCAGAACCUAAUCCACCAUCUGAUUCCUGACAAACAGCAAAUUGGAACACUUCUUCAAGAAGCUACUUUUUUACAGAAUUUUCUUGAAGAUUCUUUGCAAAAAGACAACGAAAAAGUAGAACGUUUGGAGAGUCAAAUCAGAGAUGUAGCUUACAGAGCUACUGAUAUAGUAGAAUCGCACUUGGUGGAUGGACUUCUUUCAAAAUCAGAAAGUUUGCAGCUGGUUGAGAGCUUCGUGACCUUCAAUGAGGCCUUAGAGAAAGUUAUGGAAGAAAUCCAUUCCAUUAAGCAAGAGGUGAUGAAGGUUGAGGACGAGAUUCGCAUACGAGAUCUGCGGCCAAGGACUUCGUUGGGUGCUGUCUCAUCAAAACCUACUCUCAGUGGCGCGAGCACGAUGGUGGGUCUUAAUGAUCAAUUCGAGGAGAUCAGGACUCGGCUGAUUACGGGAUCAUCAAAACUUCAAAUUCUCUCCAUUCUCGGGAUGGGUGGAAUCGGUAAGACAACUUUGGCCAAAAAUAUAUACGAUGAUUUAUCUAUUAAAGAUCAUUUCUAUAUUCGUGGUUGGGUAACUGUAUCUCAAGAAUAUGAUGAGUCUAAACUUAUAUUAGACAUUUUAGAUUCCAUGAAAAUGCUCCCUGACAAUAUGAGGCUUCAAGCGACUAGUGACAAAUUAAAAGGGCUUUUACACAAGACUCUUAGCCAUACGAGAUAUCUCAUUGUUCUAGAUGAUGCGUGGGAUAAGAAGGCAUGGGAUGAUGUGAAACGAUUAUUUUCAAAUGACAAUAAUGGAAGUCGAAUCAUAUUGACUACUAGGUUAGAGCAGGUCGCUGAUCAUGCAAACUCUUGUCCUCCACUUCAUCAAGUGCGUUUUCUAAACAACAUUGAAAGUUGGAAGUUAUUUUGUGACACAGUGUUCGGUCAUGAGGGUUGUUGCCCUCCUGAACUGGAUAAAAUUGGGAAGCAAAUUUCCCAAAAUUGUCGAGGGCUUCCACUCUCAAUUGUUGUGAUUGGGGGGCUCCUUUCAAAGGCGAUUAAAACAGAACAUUAUUGGAGUGAUAUUUUGGAAAGUUUGCACUCAACAUUGACUUCAAAUGAUGAACAGUGCUUAAAAGUACUAUCAUUAAGUUACAAACAUCUGCCUCAUCAUUUGAGAGGUUGUUUACUCUACAUGGGAAUUUUCCCAGAAGAUUCUAACAUUAGUGUUUUCGAACUCGUGAAUUUAUGGGUUGCUGAAGGAAUUCUAAAGCCAAUACGAUGUAAAAGAUUAGAAGAUGUGGCAAAGGAGUAUUUGCUGGAUCUUAUAGAGAGAAAUCUUAUUUUGGGUGGUAAGAAAAACUCCAUGGGCAAAAUCAAAACAUGCAAGAUUCAUGAUUUAUUAAGGAACUUGUGUGUGAGACAAUCUAAAAAGGAGAUGUUUUUUCACCCCACUUAUUGGUAUCUCCUCAAUAAGUUAAAAGAUAUUACUUCACGACGUGUAACUGUUCUUCCUCAUAAAACGAAGCUUGACCUUGAAGCUGAAACACCAUCAAGUUUUCUACCACGGUCUUUUCUUUUUUUCAGUUGGGGAAAGUUUCCAGAUACAAUAGAAAGUUCAAAUUUUAGGCUUGUCAGAGUAUUCCACAAAUACUAUUAUCCCGCUUGCAUGUCAUUUGCAUGGGAACAACUGGUUAGCUUGCGGUACCUCUAUUUCCCAACGUUAGAUAAUUCUAAGGUUUUUGCAUCUGUGUACAAACUUCGGCACCUACAAACCUUAAUUGUUACGCAUAUAGGGGGUGAGGAUAGGAGUAUUAUGACCUCAAAAAUAUGGGAAAUGCAAGAGUUAAGGCAUGUCGUGAUUAAGCCUCAAAUAUUUCUUGAUCCUCCAGCUAGUGCAGAAAACGCGAGGGAGAAUUCUAUAAUUGUUCUAGAAAAUCUACAAACACUCACCAAGAUAGAGAAUUUCAGAUGUACAGAGGAGGUCCUCAAAAGAAUUCCGAAUCUAAAGAAGCUCGGAGUGUAUCACAGAUAUCCAUUGGAGGAUAUGAAUAAUCUUGUUCGUCUACAUAAACUUGAAGAUUUAACUUACGAAUUUCAUGGGUGGUUUUUUCCUAUCUUCAACAACCUAUCUUUCCCUCCUUCGCUCAAAAAGUUAACUUUAAUUGGUUGCACCCUUAAUAGGGAAGAAAUGGAGAUCAUUGGUUGGUUGCCCAAUCUUCAAGUGCUGAAAAUCAAAGAACAAAUAUUCCCUGGCUCAAAGUGGGAAUUCAAAAACGGAGGAUUUCUUCAACUGAAAGUUCUGUUACUUGAUGAAGUCUAUCUUGAGAACUGGAUAGCUGACAGCAUCCACUUCCCAGAACUUCAGCGCCUAGUAAUUAAGAACUGCAGAGAUCUCAAGAUCCCUAGUGGUAUUGGAGAAAUUCCAACUCUUCAAUCCAUCGAGCUUUUUCACUGUGGUAAUUCUGUUAUAACUUCAGCAAAGCAAAUACAAGAGGAACAAGAGAACUUGGGAAAUGAUAGUCUUCAAGUUCUUAUUAUUGGUGAAUAUAAGCAGUCCACUUCAAUGGAGUACUGAUAAUGAAGAUUUAGUUCUCCUUCUGGUUCAUGGCCUUCAGUAAACCUCUUUCUUCGAGUGGAAUUUGGCCCAAUUCAUGACUUGCUUGUUAUUCAGCCAUCUAGGCCUUCUUGCAGCAUUGCCAUGCAGAUGGAUUCUUUGGGGAUUAAUAAUUUGCCUAUUAAGCUUUUCAUGUUUUAUUUUGCUUUGAUGGGUGCAUCUGAUGUCCUUGUAAGUGUGCUUUGUUCAGGAGAUCUGGUCUUGCUUCUAUCCUUCUGGUGUACUUAAUUAGUAUGCAUUAACAAAAUUUCCAAAGUUGUGGUG